AUGCAGCUUACUAUACUUGCGCUUCUAGCGACAAGCCUCUCGACAGUGUGCCUUGCAGCGCCGGCCAACAACCAUGUCGCCAUCGAACCACGCCAGACCUACAUCAUAACUUGUACUAAGGGCGGAUGCACCGACAACAUUAGCCGCACUACGCCGGGUGUUCCAGAGCCAACAGCAAGCAAGAUCACAACUACAACCACCAAGAAACCUGAACCGCCCAAGACAAGCACGAAGCCGGAGCCGACCACAACGAAGAAGCCGGAGCCGCCCAAAUCAAGCAAGAAGCCAGAGACAACUCCAACUCCGACAAAGGCUAGUCGCAUACUGAUUCGACAUGAUUUUACCACGAUCAAAACGACAACAAAAUCGACGGUGAAGCCCACCAAGACCACUACUGAAGAGGUUGGCCCGAGCAGCACUAGAUGCCCUGUUCCUCUCUACUACAAAUGUGGAGGCUGGGAUGGUGGUGUUCCAUGGGCAGGUUGCACAGUAUGUGUCAAGGGAGCGACCUGUGUGGUUCAGAAUGAAUGGUACUCCCAGUGUGUAGCAGACGACAGCCUUUUGGAGCAGAGCCCUGUAGAGGAAGAGUAA